AUGACCAAAACAGGCAAAUCCUCUGCCUAUUGGAAUGAUGUCUGCCAUAGGUAUGCCCAGAGCACCUUCCAGUUCAGUACAGGCAAAAGGCCUGGAAGAAGAAAAUUGAUUGCCUGUCCCCUGCAAAAGGGGAAUAAGGUGGACCUGUUUGGCAGGCAUAUAGUGUGCACUUAUGGGUUCCAUAAGUCAACAGAUAAGGCUGGGCCUAAUGCAGUGGCAGGCGGCAGCUCAGAGGAGGCAGGGACAUCACAGGGAGAACAGGGAGUGAAGUGUUCUCUGUGUGGUGUGGUUGCUGAGGCAGAGAAGUUCUCCGAGCACCUCUCUGACUACCACGCUGAAGAGAGGUGUGACACCUGUGGGGCCAGGGUCCAGGGUGCUGUUGGACUCCUCCAGCACAUCGAGUCCAACCAUUAUGGGGCCCUGUUGGCUCCACGUGCCAGCACUUCAAAAAAUCCCUCGCCAUCGCCUUGCCCCUCACCAUCUCCAAGGCUGGCACCACCUCCGCAGCACUUGCCGUCUCCACUGCCAGCACCAGUGUCUCCAUCCCCAUGCCACUCUCCAGCUCUACAGCCCUCACCACCACCACUACGGCCCACUCCAUCCCUAUGGCCCUCUCCGUCCCCACGGCCCACUCCGUUCCUGCAGCCAAGUCCAUCCCCAUGCCACUCUCCAGCUUCACAGCCCUCACCACCAUGGCCCACUCCGUCCCCGCGGCCCACGCCAUCUCCAUGGCCCACUCCAUCCUCGAGGCCAUCUCCAUCCCCACACCACUCUCCAGCUCCGCAGCCCUUACCACCACCACGGCCCACUCCAUCCUCGAGGCCAUCUCCAUCCCCACACCACUCUCCAGCUCCGCAGCCCUUAACACUACCACGGCCCACUCCAUCCUCGAGGCCAUCUCCAUCCCCAUGCCACUCUCCAGCUCCACAGCCCACUCCAUCCUCACGUCCAGCACCCUCACUGCCCACACCACCUCUGCCUCAGGCUGCUACUGACUGGGAAAGCUUUCUUCCCAGUCAGUUCAAGAGGGUCCUCCAGCCAGCAGAUUGGGUGUGGAUUGCCAAGUGCCUCUAUGAGCCCACAGGACAGCUGAGGCAGAAGAUCCAGGAGAACUGGUUUUAUCCACCAAUGCUGCCCAAGCCAUCUCCUCCUGAGCCCGGGUGGUACUUCCGAUAG